GUCGAACCGGCAAGGUCCAUAUUGCAGCAUCGUCAUCACGCAGGAUGGGCAUCACGACGAUCAAGCUGCUGCACAAGGAAGCGCAGGACAUGCGACGUGUGAAGGUGUCCGACUUGCUUCACACGAUCGGGAAGACGACCACAUCGUCGGAACAUGCGUUCUCGUUUGACGAGUUGAAAGCGUAUGCGUUGGAUCAUGCGUUUCCUGACUUGAAGAACUCGGACGUGUUCUUCUACUACCUAGACGACGAGAAUGAACAAGUGCGCAUCACGAACGAAGCCGAACUCAAGGAAGGCGUGCGACUCAUGGAGACGGAGGGGUCCAUCUUCAAACUGGUCAUUUCCGGUACUCGGCAGGUGGUGGACCAAGACGUCGCCACGGGGAUCGUGUCGUUCGAUUCGGAAUGCUCCAUGGCGCUGUUCGUGGACUUGAGUCGGUUGCUGGACAAAUGGGACGCCUCGCCAGAACAGCUCCAGAUGAAGAAAGACAUGUCGGCAUUGUUGCAUGAAGCCGGCGUCCAAACCGCCCUCAUCGACAUGAUGGCCGACCCCAAGUUUUCCGUCUCGUUUGAAAACGUGUCGGCGUUGAUCAAGACGGGCGGCUCCAUUCUGCACGGCGUGGCGGCCAUGUUCGCCGCGGGCAAGGUCCAAGAGAUUGCCGGCGUGUUGAUGGACACGUGCCCUCAUGUGAAGGACUUGCUCGAGAACAUCAUGCACGCGUUGCAAGUGCACGUGCACGCCCACACGAACCUAUCGUCGUCGCCGUCCCCCGAACAAGUUGACACGCCGCUGCCGCCGCUGCCGGACGAUCCGUUCAUCGUGCACCGCGGCCUCGAGUUUGUGACGGGCCAGUUCUUCACGGACAUUUCGUCGCUCACGAACGACCAGGCGGGCGAAGUCAUGUUCAACUGCGGCGUCAGCGGCGACGUCCUGCGCCCCCUCCGCCGCGACUUGCGCAUCCGAUGGAUCGCCGAAACCAUCUUGAAGCUGCAGCAGGUCAACCAGGCGCUCAAGGACGCCAAGCAGGACGACAAGGAGAUCAACACCCACGGCAUCAUGGACGCCGACGACGUCGACAAGAAGCCGUCGGCCGCGUUUGUCGGCGAUGUGAGCUUCCCCGACGGGUCCACCAUCCGCGCCGGCGACACGUUUGUCAAGACAUGGCGCCUCAAGAACGACGGCAAAACACGCUGGCCUGCCAAGUCGCGGUUGGUGUGUGUGGGGGGCGACCAUUUGGAAGUCGGCGACAACUUUGUGUCGGUACCGAUCGUCCCUCCAGGCAAAAUGAUUGACGUGUCGGUGGAUAUGAAGGCGCCCACCAAGUCGGCGCGGUACACUGGGUACUGGCGUUUGUGCACGGCCGACGGCAAGCGGUACGGACAACGCCUAUGGGUGGACAUCUUGGUCGUGGGCAAGCCGGACCUACCGCCGACCCCCUCUGCCGCCGCGUCCCCCGCAAAGCCUGCCGCCGUCGGGGCUCAUGCGUCCAACGAAGUUCAUCUGCCGGCGCCCUCUGCCGCCGUGUUGAAACGACCAGUGGCGCCUGUCUCGAUUCCGGCGCCGGCGCCAAUCGUCGUUGCUCCAGUCGUGAGUCGGUACCAGGACCAACUGGACACGUUGGCCAGCAUGGGGUUUUCAGACGCGGCGCUCAACUUGACGUUGCUGGAAGAGGUCGACGGUGACGUGGCGGCCGCGUUGAACCAGUUGCUCCAGUAAUGAUAUAGUUAACGAAAACAUUUGCUUGUUUGGAUCAAAUAAAGUGCCAAAAAUUGAC